AUGCAAAUCCUAAAGUUAUUGGUUCUUUUGGUGUCUAUGUUGGGGAUGAUGGAGGGUACAGAUUGGUGCUAUAAAUCCCAGGUCUCAUGUGACAACAAAUGCAAAGGACCAGAUGAAUGGAAGGACAUAGCACCAACCUGUGGUGGCAAAAGCCAGUCACCUAUUAACAUUGUAACAAAAAGGGUGGUUACUAUCAACCAGACCCCCUUCAGAUUUCAAGGUUACCAACAUCUUUUCCAAAGAAACAUCACAAAUAAUGGUCACACAGUCAAGUUUACCUUACCAGGUGAUGCUGUGAUUACUGGUGCAGGGCUUUCAGAAACUUACAAAGCAGUGGAAGUCCAUUUUCAUUGGGGCAAGAAUGGUGGGCCAGGAUCAGAGCACACUAUUGAUGGAGAGCAGUAUCCUAUGGAGAUGCAUAUUGUUCACAUAAAGGAAAUUUACAGUUCUGUUGAAGAGGCCAUUAAAGACCCAUUUGGACUAGCAGUUCUUGGAUUUAUGUACCAGAAAUCUCACAGUGCAAACAAGAAAUAUGAUUCCAUCAUAAAUGCUCUGCCUAACAUCCGCCUCCCUGGCAACAAAGUCUUACUAGAACCUAUGAGUUUGGACAUGCUUAUUCCUCCUCACAAUACCCGGAUGCACUACUUCCGCUAUAAUGGCUCUCUGACUACACCUAACUGUGACGAGUCAGUCAUCUGGACUGUAUUUGAAAACACCAUUAAACUUAGCAAGCAGCAACUGUCUGAAUUCUCUAAUCUCUUCUUUGAAAAUGGGAUAGCCAUGGCUGAUACAUUUCGCCCUGUGCAGCCACUCACUGGUCGAGACAUCUUUUAUUCUGGAGGUAAUAUUGCAUCUGUCUACACAGGACUGGUUGUUAGUACUUUAAUCAUUAUGUUUUUGAUGCUUUAA